AACCAUCCCUGGUCAAACAGCUGAUUAUACGGCAGAUAAAGUUCAAUCACAAUAUUAAUUAAUAAUUGUUGUUUUAAAGAGUUAGUUAAAUAUGCAACACACUUUAAGGCGAUGUCUGACAAUGGCGAAGACUGGCAGAGGGAGCUUGCGGCAACUGGCAACGCUACCGCAUGCACCCGAACAAAACAAAAAUCAAACAAGUCGCAAUCAGUUGCCCAGGUUGAUGGACUUUCCGGAGAUAAUAUGGCCAUCGGCACUGAAUACAAUCAAAAAUUGGAUAACCGUACAGUUCAUCAUACGUCCAUAUUUUGAUAGUGAAUUUCAAAUCAAGGACUUUGUAUACGGCGCAAAACAGGCGCUGCAGGUCGUGUCUAGCAAGUUGGUGGGCGGAGAUCUGAGCCAGCUACAGGAUCUAGUGACACCCGAGGCCAUAGCCGAACUGAAGCCCGUCGUGCAGAAACUGUCCAUGACGCAGCGCAAACAACUGGAGAUCCACGAGAGCGACAUCUAUUUGUCGUUUCCCUAUCAAAUCGGCAUCAUGUUCGAUGAUGCGAACGAUAAGCUGCAAAAGCGUUGGGUCGAGAUCACAAUGGUGUUCCAUGUGAUGCGUGGCCUGACCGAAAUGCGUGAACGAGGCGAGGAGAUACCCUGGAAUAUGGGCACAAUGCCGGAAUAUCAGGAUCGGGUCUUCAUUUGUAAUUAUCGCUUUAAAAAAGAGUUUACAGCCGGACAGCAAUCAGACUGGACGAUCAAUGUGGCCAAUCAUUUCAGGGCCAUUGAUCUAAUUAAUGAAUCGAAAUAGCAGUUGGCUUCCUAACUCAGAUUCUUAGAAAUCGUAGAAAACCCCAUUGUAUCAGAUAUAGUUCCCGGAAGUUUGCCUAAUCACAUUUUAGAUGAAUUUUGGAAUAAAAUUUGCAUUGCAAGUGUUUAGGUAUGAGCAAAACAUAAAAAAAAAAAACAAAACAAAAACCACUCAGAUCAUUUAAAGUUUUAUCAUUUUUUUUUUUUUGUAUCUUAAUAUCUGGUUAUUAUAUAGUUUAAAUAACGAGUAUGUGUUUAGAUGACAAUACAAAUUGAUUUGUUUUGA